CACAGCCCCGCACACCCACGGGGGUGGAGGAGAAGGGGGCCAGCGGGCUGCAAGAAUUCAGCCUCGGGCUGGGGGCUGACACCCAGGAGGAAUUUCUCCUCUGGAAAACUGGCCUGGGGACCCCUCCGCCCCAGCCCUUUCACUGUGCUUCUUAAAGGGAUCGCGCCGGUUUUGCUGUGGCUCCAUGGAAGCCAGGUUUGGGACGCUCCGUGGAGACUCUGAACCUUUCCUUCCUGCUUCCUCCCCAGCUGGCAGCCUUCCUCUGGCUGAGUGAGUGGGGGCCUCCCAGGCAUGGCACUGACCAGCCGACCCAGUGCUGACUUGGCUCCUGGGCGCCUUCAGCCUCCGGUGGCAUCUUGCUUACCCCCUCCUGGGGUGCGGCGGUGGUGAGUUGGGGGGACCCAGCCCUGAGCUGCUUGGAGGAGUCGCUGGCACCCCCAUCGCCCUCUCCCCCCAAAAGCUGGAGGACGGUGAGGCGGUCAGGGGCUAUGAUGAGAUGAGCGGGGGCCGCUUUGACUUUGAUGAUGGCGGGUCGUACUGCGGGGGCUGGGAGGGGGGGAAGGCCCACGGCCACGGACUGUGCACGGGCCCCAAGGGCCAGGGCGAAUACUCGGGCUCCUGGAACUUUGGCUUUGAAGUGGCUGGCGUCUACACCUGGCCCAGCGGAAACACCUUCGAGGGAUACUGGAGCCAGGGCAAACGGCACGGGCUGGGCAUAGAGACCAAGGGACGCUGGCUCUACAAGGGCGAGUGGACGCACGGCUUCAAGGGCCGCUAUGGAACCCGGCAGAGCAGCAGCAGCGGUGCCAAGUAUGAGGGAACUUGGAACAAUGGCCUGCAGGACGGCUAUGGCACCGAGACCUAUGCCGAUGGAGGGACGUACCAAGGCCAGUUCACCAACGGCAUGCGCCACGGCUACGGCGUGCGCCAGAGCGUGCCCUACGGGAUGGCCGUGGUGGUGCGCUCGCCCCUGCGCACGUCGCUCUCGUCCCUGCGCAGCGAGCACAGCAACGGCACGGUGGCCCCGGACUCGCCCACCUCGCCGGCCGCCGACGGCCCCACGCUGCCCGCGCCGGCCAUCCCGCGCGGCGGCUUCGCGCUCAGCCUCCUGGCCAACGCCGACGCGGCGGCGCGGGCGGCCAAGGGCGGCGGCCUGUUCCAGCGGGGCGCGCUGCUGGGGAAGCUGCGCCGCGCCGAGUCGCGCACGUCCCUGGGCAGUCAGCGCAGCCGCGUCAGCUUCCUCAAGAGCGACCUCAGCUCGGGCGCCAGCGACGCCGCGUCCACCGCCAGCCUGGGCGAGGGCGCCGACGAGGCCGCGCCCUUCGAGGCCGACAUCGACGCCACCACCACCGAGACCUACAUGGGCGAGUGGAAGAACGACAAGCGCUCGGGCUUCGGCGUGAGCGAGCGCUCCAGCGGCCUCCGCUACGAGGGCGAGUGGCUAGACAACCUGCGCCACGGCUACGGCUGCACCACGCUGCCCGACGGCCACCGUGAGGAGGGCAAGUACCGCCACAACGUGCUGGUCAAGGGCACCAAGCGCCGCGUGCUGCCGCUCAAGAGCGGCAAGGUCCGCCAAAAGGUGGAGCACAGCGUGGAGGGCGCCCAGCGCGCCGCCGCCAUAGCGCGCCAGAAGGCCGAGAUCGCCGCCUCCAGGACAAGCCACGCCAGGGCCAAAGCUGAGGCAGCAGAACAGGCUGCCCUGGCUGCGAACCAAGAGUCCAACAUUGCCCGCACCUUGGCCAGGGAGCUGGCCCCAGAUUUCUACCAGCCAGGUCCGGAGUAUCAGAAGCGCCGGCUGCUCCAGGAGAUCCUGGAGAACUCGGAGAGCCUGCUGGAUUCCCCCGACCGGAGCCCCGCCGCCGCGGGGCUCCCGGAGCGGCCCCGCGAGAGCCCGGAGCUGCACGAGCGCGAGACCCCCGGGCCCGAGGGUGGCCCUCCGUCGCCAGCCGGGACGCCCCCGCAGCCCAAGCGGCCCCGCCCUGCGGCCACGUCCAAAGACGGCCUGCUGAGCCCGGGCGCCUGGAACGGCGAGCCGGGCGGCGAGGGCAGCCGGCCGGUCACGCCAUCCGAGGGCGCGGGCCGCCGCAGCCCCGCGCGGCCGGCCAGCGAGCACAUGGCCAUCGAGGCGCUGCAGGAGCCGCCCACGCGGUCGCUGGAGCCCGAGGUGGCGCUGUACCAGGGCUACCACAGCUACGCCGUGCGCACCGCGCCGCCCGCGCCGCCGCCCUUUGAGGACGAGCCCGAGGUCCCCGCGGCCGGCUCCGAGCCCCCGUCCCCCGACGCCGGCCCAGGGUCGGCGCCCCAGCUCCGAGGCCCGGAACCCGUGCCCGAGAGCCCCGCCAAGCUGGAGCCCAAGCCCAUCGUCCCCAAAGCCGAGCCCAAGGCCAAGGCGCGCCGGACGGAGGCCCGAGGGCUGACCAAGGCCGGGGCCAAGAAGAAAGCUCGGAAGGAGGCUGCGGUGGCGGCAGAGGCCGAGGUGGAGGAGGUCCCCAACACCGUCCUCAUCUGCAUGGUGAUCCUGCUUAACAUCGGCCUGGCCAUCCUCUUCGUUCACCUCCUGACCUGACUUCAUCCACCAGAGCCAGGAGUUCCUGCUGAGGACGCGCGGACCCAUCUUUUUGCAGUGCCAGGCAGGGCGGCCGAGGAGGACUGGACUCGACCUGGAUGCUGGGGUCCAGCCUGCAUCCACACCACAGACGUUUAAGGAGGCUUCCAGGGGUGCCUGUGCCACAUGGCAGGUGGUGCCCAGAGGAAGAGAAAAUGCUGGGCACCCUCCCAGGCUCUCUGCCCAGCGGCAGGGAAAGCCCUGAUGCAAGAACCUUGGUCUUGAACUCCCCAAUCUGCUCUGUCCCCAUCCUCAUCCUCGCCCCUAGGUCACUCCUGUCCCAGGUUUUUCUUUGUUUUGGGAGAAGUCCCCAAACCAGGAUGUUAAUAUUAAAUCCCAGCCCCCUUCUUUCUACCCUCCCUGAUUUAUUUUGCCCUCUGCUGCGGGGCUGAGGUCUCCCAGGCCAGGGGAAGGAGUGACGCGAUGCCCUCGGUGGGCCAGCAUGGGAGACUCUCAGACAGCGCACCGGUCCUCCCCCCUCACGCCCGGAGCCCGCCCGCACUCUGUCCCUUGCUUACAGGGGUCCCGGAUGACAGUAGAGGACUUGGACAUGCUCAGUUUGAAUAUCCCAGGAUACAGUGCUCCAAUCUCCUCCCACCGGUCUAGUUAGCUUCCCUCUGGACCAAUAGAAGAGGGGGAGACAUGAGCAAUAGGGGCCUUCGGCUGGGAAGCCCCACUGACCGGGUGGCCGGGGGGUGGGGGUGGGGAGAAGGGCUCAGGGGCAGUUAGGGUGGCCCUGAUGCCUAGUGUGUCUGAGCCUGGGGUUGGCAUUGCAUGUGGGGCCUCCAGGAUGCUGAGGGUGAGAAGGGGUCGCCCUGCAGGGACCCAGGGGUGGUGACAUCAAGCUUGGGGAUGCCCCAUAAAUGGGCUGGAUUGCUUCCCCUCCCAGGGGCCACUGCAGGCUUGGGGAACUGUGAGCAUGGAAGCCAGGGCCGAUUUCGCCGGGGGCAGACUCAGGCUGGUGCUGAAGACAGGAUACCUGUCCUGUCCACAAGCAUUUCCUGGGGAGAGGGGAGCAAAUCUGGGGCUCCCACGGGGCGCAGUCUGUGAUAAUAAGCCCCUCAGCUUGCUUGGCAGAAGACGGUAUUUGCAUGUAGCCCAUUACGGGGGGUUUUGAACCACCCUGGUUCUCUGGGCCCUGGUGCUGGCUGGGGGUGGGGGUGGCAGUGGGAGGGGCUGCGGCCUCUGUCCCAGGGAGGAUGGAGGGACCACCUUCUAGGCCCCUCCGAGCCCAGGGAAGGGCACAGUGAUGGCACCAAGCAGGGCUCUCUUUCUGUCUCUUGGGGCGUCUCAGCCUGGCCUCCCCAGAGCAGCUCUUGGACCUGACGUUUGCUUCGGAUGGGCUCGGCUUUCCCUCCCUCGGUACCUGGGAACCUUCCCCGCGGCUCCUCGGCUUCACACUCACUGUUUCAGGCACCGCUGGGGCCUCAAGGCGUGGUUGGAACCUUAGACUGCCUUUCUGCAGAGAGGAACGGGGGUUCUCUCAUCAUCUACGGGCUCUGCAUUUGUGUGGGAGCUUUUCUGGCCAACUAGGGAGUGAGGGGGGUGGGCUGGGGCCACUGCUCAAGGCUGACAGGCUCUAGGCCUCGGCGUUGGGGUCCCUGUCCCUGUCCUGCGUUUUUGAUCUGGCCCAGGGCCGGGGAUAGCCUUUGGCAACCAGAACUCCUGGGUCUUGUUUGGGGGGGGGUGUUUGGGGUGAGGGUCCGGGAAGCUGCCGUCUGUGCAAUAAUAAAUUUGCAUCUGGUUACAGGCUC